AUGCCCUUCUUCCAGGCUCCGCUGCGCCUCGACGACUUCCAGCGUGCGAGCUCUGCCUUCCCCGCCGCCUCGUCCUCGUCCGCACACCGCGACCCGGACUCGCCCUCUCCAAACAAGAAGAGACGCGUCGACUCGGUCCCGCCGGCCCUGGGCGGCAGGAGGAACUCGGCUGGAGCGAGCGGGAGUAGCAGUCCCGCACCGCGCUCUGCAGCUGCCGCUCGCAAGUCAGAGACCGAUGCGGCCCGGCGAGCAGAGAUCAAUGCGCGGUACGAGGAGCUCACGAGGGAUCAGGCGCGGUUGCAGGCUACGCUGAGGCUGCAGGACGCGUGGGAGGAUAUCCAGCGGAGGCAUUCGACGAUGCCUGGGACGGGGACGCCUGCUCCGAGGGCGAGGGCGGCGUCGGUGGGCGGAGGAGGAACGCCGAGAAGGCACAGACCUGGGAGGAGCAGGGCGAUACCGGUCGAGGAGGACGACAUUAUCGACUUGAGCACCCUCGACUUCGUCGAGGACCGCGGCAUCUUGCGCAACAGCAAGGCUGGAGGGUUUGCCAUUGGCGCUUACGGCGGCUCUGGGACGGAGGGCAUCGUGGUCGGGUUGGAUACCGGCGGCGGAGACGACGACGGGACAGAAGCGGACGAAGACGAGGAGGAGGAGGAAGAGCUCGAGGACUACACCGACUCGGACGCCGAGUCGUACACGUCUGAAGACGAGCUGGGCGAGCUCGACGAGCUGCCUUCGCAACCCUCGCUCGUCUUUCGCGAGGAGAGGCGAAAGGAGGCGGAACGGCUCAAGGAGGUUCUCGAGUUUCAGCAGCAAGAGGCGCUUGCGCGAGGCGUGUCUUCAGGACCGUCUAGCCGCGCGACGCCGAGACCUGGGAACGAGACUCUGCCGGCGCCGGUUGCGGCGGCCGACGAGGACGACCUCGACCUCUUUGCGACCUCUCCGCCUGCCGCUUCGACUCCUCGCCGCCGCCAGUCCUCCUCGCCCCUCGUCAGCCCCUCAAAGACGCCUCAACGCGCCUCACAGCCGCCCCCUCGUCCAUCUUCGUCAACCUCCACCCUCCGCCGCGCAGUCGACCACUUCCACCUCGCCUCUCCCGCACCUUCUUCUCGCGCCAAGUCUCGUCCGCUUCCAUCAUCGCCCUCUUCGCGCGCAUUCUCAGCUCCUCCGAAACCGAUCUCGCGCGGGAAAGCGGCGGGACUGCCGACUCCGCCUUCGUCUUUCGCGGCCGGACGGGCGUCGCAACAGGCGGGACCUUCACGACCCCCUCCCUCGACCUCGCCCCUCCGCGAAGUCAUCUACAUCGACUCGCCCAGCCCUUCGCCCUCUCCCGCACCCGAAGCGCGCCGCCCUCACCGCCGCUCUCCCUCUCCCGAACUGUUCGGCGAUAUGUCUCCUCCCAUCCGCCGCGCCGCCUCGCCUGAACUCGUCGCUGGCCCUUCAACGUCGAAGCCAAAUCAAGUCUUCCAGCGCCCAACGCCAACUCCGACUCCGCCCCCGCCCCGUCCGGCUCCGCCUCCAGCCGCAGCAUUCUCCCUAACGCCUGCUAAGCCGGCAAGCGCAACCAAGAAGCCCCGCACGAAACCGCGCCAGCAUGCGUUCGAACUCAUCAUCGAUGUCCCGGCUCGGCGGUCCCGCGCGCCUGCGAAAGUGGCGACUAGCAAGCCGAUGCCGAAUCUCGCUUCUACGUCCGAGGUGGACAAGCCGGUUAGCCGGCGCACGAGCGGGUUGAGUACGCCGCCGCUCUCGAAGGGACCGAAGGAUGCGCCGCGCUCUGCCUCGAUGCGGCCCUCGCCUUCGAUGACGCAGAAGGCUAGUUCGUCUAGGUUUGCGCCCACACCAACUGAAGUCCUGCCUGCUCCGCCGCAACUGCCGGCGUCUGCGACGGACUACGAGGAAGACGAGUUGUUGCUUAGCUCGCCGACGAAGCCAGCCCGCGCCACGCCAGCUCGUCGCAUGUCGCUUCCUCCGCCUUUCAGGACAAUGUCGGUCGGACCGUCGGACCGGGCAAAAGCGACUGCGUGGAUGUCGGGGGGAAAGAAGGCCAGUUUGAGUGCGCUGGGCGGUCGGGACGUCUUCGCAGAGGACGACGACAGCGAGGACGAGCUCGGCAAGUGGUACUCGCUGUCCACCGUGGCAGGCUCACACCAACCUCAGACGCUCUCGACGCGCCACGCCGUCUACCUCGUCGACCUCCUCAGCUCGCUCUCCUCAGCAUCCUUCGUCCUCGCCGCACUCAUCUACCUCCUCUCGCCCUCGCACUUCCUCACGCUCAUCUUCCGCCUCGCACUCCAGAUCCAGUUUACCAACCCGCGCCGCGUACACCCGGAGCGGAGUUUGCGCUUCUUCGUUGCGUUGUGGGGAGUGCAGGCGGGAGUUGCGGCGGUUGGACAUGGGCUGUCGGGGAGUCAGGGGACGAAGGGGAGGCUGGGAUAUGUGCAGAGGGGAGUGAUGCUGGACUUUGUGGGCCAAGCCGUCACGCCUUCGACAUUCCAUCUCGUCGCUCUCGAUAUCAUCCUCGCCAUCCUCCAACUCGCGACCCUCCUCGUCGCAUUCGGCGCAACAGUCCCUUCCGACCUCGACUCCUCCAGCAGCGGCGAAGCAGGGCGAGACUAUGGUCCUUUGCUCGGCGUAGAUGAGGAGGAAGUGUUCGACGAAGAGGAGGGAGACGAGGCGGGACCGGGUGGAAGGAAGCGGAGAAGGAGCCGGAAUGGGUAUGAAAGUGUCGAGUUGGAGGAUGAGGAAGAGGACGGACAGUGGAUUGGCGGUGCAGGAGACGCGUACGGUCCUUCCUCCGCCAAACCCCCUUCACCCGCAACUUCCUCCUCCGCCUUCUCCACCAGUUCAUCCUCAGCCCUAUCCUCAUCACGCUACACCCGCAUCCCACUAAUCGCCGACUUCCGCCUCCGGACAGUCUGGACAGAAAUUGCCCGGUCGUCGCCUAGUCGAACAGAAGUCGAGGAUCGGGGAGUUGAGGCGAUGGAGGAAGGGCGGGCGGCUGGGUGA